AUGGAGGAGAAAAAAGAAGAGAAAAAGAGGAAGGAAGUAUGGACGGUCGAAGAGGGGCCGUCCAAAAGCAAAAAGGCGAAGAAGGGUUAUGAGCCUAAGUUUGAGUACAACACAGAUUGUUACUCCAUUUUGAUGGAGAUCAAAGACCGUCUGAAAUUUGAUAAGCCGCAUCCUAUGAAAGGGCCGGUUAGGUUCCGAGACAAAAAUAAAUACUGUCACUUUCACAAGGAUGUCGGGCAUGAAACUAACGACUGCAUAAAUCUGAAGAAGCUGCUAGAUAAACUGGCGGCAGACGGUCAUUUGAAAAAUUAUGUACUCAAGUCGUCGGUUACCUUGAAGACGGAUUCAAAGUCUGGAAGGGAGAAUCCGCAUGACUCGGACUCAGACUCAGGGUUCGUUGCUGUAAUAGCCGGCGGCUUCGCCUCUGGUGGGCCGACCAUAAGAGGAGCCAAAAACCAUGCCCGCAGUUUGGGGCAGGUUAUGUCGACUCUAAGGGCCGACCCAGAACCCUUCCCGAACAUAACAAUUGCUGAGGCGGACAGAGGCAAGGUCCAAACCCCGCAUGAUGAUCCAACGGUGGUAGAACUCAAGGUCGCCAACAUGAGAGUCCGCCGUAUCCUCGUAGAUACGGGCAGCUCGUCAGACAUCAUCAGCUUAUCAUGUCUCAAGCACUUGAAGUAUGAUGAAAAAAAGCCUCCUUCCUGUCUCUCACCCUUUGGUUGGGUUUCGGCGGUGGAGUUAUUCAUCCGGUAG